AUGGGGACGCGUGCGGCGAGUCCGUCCAUGGGGACGCUCGUCUGGCUGAGGCCGAUCGCGGCCCCGGCCGUCCCCGCCGGUCCCUCCGCCGCGCACGUGGUGGCUGGCGGUGGUGUAAAAGGCCGGCCUCGGCGGGUGUCCGUGGCGUCCCGCUGCCCGAACCCGCGCGUGCUCCAGGCGGGGAGGUGCCGGUGGCUGGUUGUCAGGUCGGGUGUCACCGCCGCUGCAGCCGCCGCAGAUGACCCCGAGGAUUCGUCGGGGCUAUCAGAUCUGCAAGUGGCUUCGAGGAUCAGAGGGGUCUUCUUCUACACGGUGACUGCUGUUGCGGCGAUCUUUUUGUUUAUAGCUAUGGUUGUGGUUCAUCCACUUGUGCUCUUAUUUGACCGACACCGUAGGAGAGCUCAGCACUAUAUUGCAAAGAUUUGGGCUACUUUGACAGUUUCUAUGUUCUACAAGCUUGAAGUCGAGGGAAUGGAGAAUCUACCUCCCAAUAGUAGCGCUGCUGUCUAUGUUGCUAACCAUCAGAGCUUCUUGGAUAUCUAUACCCUUCUAACUCUAGGAAGGUGCUUCAAAUUUAUAAGCAAGACUAGUAUCUUUAUGCUUCCAAUUAUUGGGUGGGCAAUGUAUCUCUUGGGUGUCAUUCCUUUACGACGUAUGGACAGCAGGAGCCAGCUGGACUGUCUUAAACGGUGUGUGGAUUUGUUGAAAAGGGGGGCGUCUGUAUUUUUCUUUCCAGAGGGGACUCGAAGUAAAGAUGGAAAGCUAGGUAUAUUCAAGCGAGGAGCAUUUAGUGUCGCUGUGAAGACUGGCGUUCCUGUCAUACCUAUUACCCUUCUCGGGACAGGGAAACUGAUGCCUCCUGGAAUGGAAAGCAACCUUAAUUCAGGUGCAGUAAAAGUCAUUAUUCACCGUCCAAUUGAAGGGAAUGAUGCAGAGAAAUUAUGUUCCGACGCAAGGAAUGUGAUAGCAGACACUCUUCUUCUACAUGGUUAUGGAGUGCACUAA